AUGACAUCGGCUUACCCACCUCUGGACAUGGAAGACGCCGAGCAGCGAUCCUCUCCNCUCGCCGGCCCUGGAACAACACGAGCGAACCGACGACUGCAGCUCCGCAAGAAUGGCUUCCGAGGACGCCAACUGCCCAAUCGCAACAUCACCCCCAAGCGCAAGACUAGCGAUGCUUGGUCCUCACCUGCCCAACAAGACGACACACCAACCUCAGACCUGCCACAACCAUCUGGCCUGAGUGCAAGAGGAAGGUCGUCGAGCAUACUGCAAGAGGUCAACAACUCCAGCCUGCGGCGGAAGGACAAGAAGGCCAACAAACACGACUCGGUCCUGUCCGUCUUUGCAGAUGAGAAUGGAGACGACAAGGCCUGGAGCUUCGAGUCGUCGCCCGCAUGGUAUAACACGCCUGCCCCACCUCUCAUCGUCAGUCACGCUGACAUGCACACANNCAGUCUCCCGCCCGAAGCACCCAACCUCAACAAGUCGAGAAAGAAGCACCAGCGCACCCAAUCCUACAAGAGCAACCCAGACUCGGACCAAGCCGACCAACACAUCGCGUACCUCGAGUCCGAACUCGCCGCCUACCAGACCCAGCUGGCCUCGUUGACGUCCCCGACCGCGACCAAGGAAAAGGGCCAGAAGAUACGUCUGCUGAACCAAGACAUCCGAAGACUGCAGGAUGAAAACUCUCGCUGGGAGGCCGAGUUUGACGAGAGGGUGCUGCAGGUCAUGGAAGAGCAUGACGGCGUCGAGUACAACCUGCGCGCUAGAAUCAACAUGUUGGAGGCGGACAGCGACAACUACAGCCAAAAGGUAAAAGAACUCCAGGCUCAGCUCGACGCUACGAGAAAGGCUUUGGACAUUGCCGAGGCUGCGAACGUUGAGUUUGAGAAGAGGUUGGAAACAUUCGCACAUUUGCUCGUCACUUCGCCCAUCAAGACCGAGACGCCGCUCGCUCAACCCCCCUUUACCAAGGAGUCGAGGAGUACGAGGCAGAAGAGAUUGUCGUUCCACCGCUUCCCAACCGCUGGCUCUUUGCAUCAACAAGCGAGCAUGCAUGAACAGCAUGAGGCCGAUGAACCAAGACCUCGUAGUGAGGGUGCUGCCCAAGACUACUUUGACAAUGCGGUCAGUGAUGCUGAAUGGGAUGCCUCUAAGCGAGAGUCCUCCAUCAGCGACGUCUCACGCAACAGCAUCGACUUCAGCCUGUUCAUGAACCAAGAUUCCAACUCGUCAAACUCCCGCCCUCGCCCGAAUCGCAGAAUGCGGAGGUUCCAUGGCGGUUCUCAUCUUCCCAAACCUUUGAUCUUGUCGGCCGCACAGUUGGCUCCCAUCCUCGCCUCAGCCCCCGUCUACGAACCUCACGACUCUCCCCCCUCUUCAGGUCCCACUCCCUUCGCCACUUUGAACGCCAAGCCAGCAGACAUCACUUCUACUUCUCACAGCACAGGCAACCAACGAAACGUGUCUGGCGCACUGCGUCUCCGACACCAACGCAGCAUGUCCGAAGCCACCGGCUUGUCCUUCUACCCACCCUAUUCGCGUCAAGUAUCUUCUGCUGUCCCUGCGUCUACUCCCAAAUCUUCUGGGAUCGUGGAGAAAGUCAAGGAGCUGCUGCGUCAGCCGCUCAAGAUCGCACAGCGAUGUGUAGGCAGAGCACACCGAGCCUUCUUACUCAGCAGGACAUUGAACCGCUUCCAGUGGAUGCUGCUGCAUGCUCUACUUGGCCCCAUGGCGACGAGGAGAUUGAUGGCAUGCAGUCUACACGAGAAUGCAAUCCUCAUGUCUGCGCCUUAUCGCAGCGCUUCUGCAUCUUCGUCUGCGUCCGAGGAGAAGUUCAAGAAUCCAGAAGAUCAAGGCUUCGAAGCCGACUCUGAAGAUAUCGAGCUCUCUCCUUGCCUGUCUCGCCAGCCACGUAGACGGGUCUCGCCUUCUACAUGUGUAUUUGAGACGCAAGGCAAAGUCCGCAAGAGGAGGAGUGAACGGCAACUUAGAAGUCAGCAUAGUCAGACGGAUGACAAUGCACCCAUGCUUUCUCGCCACUCUCCAUGGCUGUGGGUGAGGUUUUCAUUGACGCUUGCGUUUGCUGUUGCUGCUGCUGUCAAGGAGGGGCCUGGGGCGUUGAUGGUGGAGUGUUCUGGUGCUGAGGACGUGAGGUGUGGGUGUUUGAAGUGUGUGGGACGGGGCAUGAGGGAGUGUGCUGACGACUGA